AUGUUUGCCAAGCUACUCACCAUUGUCUUCUUCAGCAUACUCUUGCGAUCCAUACAAUCUUCUUCCCAAAACCUCAACUUCACCUUCAAUGGCUUCCAUCCUCCUUUGACUGGCAUAUCCGUCCAAGGAAGUUCCAGCGUCACACCCAAAGGUGUCUUGAAGCUAACCAACCUUAAAAACGUAAGUGGUGGUGGUCACGCCUUCUAUAGUAAACAAAUCCGGUUCAAAGAUUCACCAAACAGCACUGUUUCUUCCUUUUAUACGACGUUUGUCUUCGCUAUCCGGCCUUUCUUCUGGGGUAUUGGCGGACACGGCAUGGCCUUUGUCAUUGCUCCUAACUUUAGCCUCCCAACAUCAGCUUCCAGCCAAUCCCUCGGCCUCUCUAAUAUCAUAAACAACGGUAAUGAUACGAACCAUGUAUUCGCUGUUGAAUUUGAUCCCGACGACAACCAUGUCGGGAUCGAUAUCAAUAGCUUGAAGUCAGUUGAAAGUUCAUAUGCUGGGUACUGGUACACUAAUGAUCACUUUAAUGAACUGAAUUUGGUCAGUAGUAAGCCCAUGCAGGUUUGGGUCGAUUAUGAUGGUCAUACCCAUCAGAUCAACGUAACGAUGGCUCCAUUUAGAAAGGAUAAACCUAAAAAACCGCUUGUAUCUACUGUCCGAGAUCUAUCCUCUAUUCUUUUGCAAGAUAUGUUUGUAGGUUUCUCCUCGUCUUCGGCUGAUUGGUCUGGUUCAGAACAUUUUGUUCUUGGGUGGAGUUUUCGAGUAAAGGGAGAAGCUCCGUUGUUGGCCUUAUCAAAACUUCCACGGGUAAAGCAAAGGAGUUGGAUGACGUUGAUUGUCCUCUUUUUUUUUUCCCUUCUUUUAUUUGGCAUCUUCUGUGUCUUCCCCCUCUUCAUUAUUUGCUCGCCCAUAUGCCUUGUACGCUGCAUCUUGAGAAGGAGGAGGAAGUUCGCCGAGGAGAUAGAAGAUUGGGAAACAGAGUUCGCUAAGAACCGGAUGAAGUUCAAGGACUUGUACUAUGCCACCAAAGGGUUCAAAGAUAACGGCCUUCUUGGAACAGGAGGGUUUGGGAGUGUUUACAAAGAGAUGGAAAUGGUAUUGAAGCUAGGUUUGUUGUGCUCACAGUCCGACCCAGAGAAUAGACCAACUAUGAGACAGGUGCUACAUUAUUUAAAGGGAGAUGUAAUGUUACCAAAUCUGUCACCGUCGGACUUGCGUGGGAGCGAGAGAUUGUUGGGAAUCCCACAAGCGGGAUUUAGUGAAUCAAGCUUGUUUACCGGUGAAUCUUCGAUUACUAACUCUGUACUGUCUGGUGGGAGGUGA